UGUGCAAUGUCGGAAACUCAGACGACCAGCUGAAGAACAGCGUAUGGCAGAACUUCCCAGAGAACGUGUUGAGGUUUCCGCUCCAUUCACGUACUGUGGUAUGGACUGUUUCGGGCCAUUUAUUGUGAAGAGAGCUCGUAAGGAGCUUAAGAGAUAUGGCCUAUUAUUCACUUGUCUAUCAUCUCGUGCAGUCCAUAUUGAAAUGAUUGAGGACCUAUCUACAGACUCCUUUAUCAAUGCCCUAAGGUGCUUUAUCAGCCUCAGAGGAGCAGUUCGCAAACUUCAGUGUGACCACGGCACUAACUUUGUUGGAGCUAAAAAUGAAUUCGCAAAAUCACUGAAAGAGAUUGACACCAACGCCUUAGAGAUCUUUCUUACAGAAAGGCAAUGCGAGUUUGUCUUUAAUGCUCCUUCUGCAAGCCAUGCUGGAGGUGUCUGGGAGCGCCAGAUACGUACUGUGCGAAAUGUACUCAAUGCCACACUUGCUUUAUGCCCAGGCAGGCUUGAUGACGCAUCACUCAGAACGCUGUUCUAUGAAGCAAUGGCCAUUGUAAACAGCCGCCCUCUAACGGUAGAUGGGAUUAAUGAUCCAAAUUCACUCGAACCAUUGACCCCAAACCAUCUGAUAAUGAUGAAAUCUGAUGUUGCUCUUCCACCUCCAGGAAAGUUUGUAAAACAAGAUGUGUAUGCCACUAAAAGAUGGCGCAGAGUUCAAUACCUAAUCGAACAAUUUUGGAGUCGUUGGAAGAAGGAAUACCUUCUCAACAUUGCAGCACGUCAGAAAUGGCAUAUUCCUCGCCGUAACCUUCAAGUGAAUGAUGUUGUAAUCAUCAAAGAUGAUAUGCUUCCCAGAGGUCAGUGGCAAUUAGGCCGAGUGGUGGAAACCAGUGAAGGAAGUGAUGGUCUUGUAAGGCGAGUUAAGUUGCAGUUAGGGGAGCGAAAACAAAAUCAACGCUCCAAGCCCACAGUCAUUGAAAGGCCCAUCCAAAAAUUGGUGGUACUUAUUGAAAAUGAGUAAUCAGCGACUGCUUUGUGAUAUCAUUGCAUCAGACCAUGUAAUUAAGUUCUAUAAAACCUAACAUUUUAGACUUCACAUGCAUAAAACUGUGAAGGCGGUCAUAUUGAUGUGCAGAAAUCAUGUUCUGAUUCAUUCACAGUUUGUUCUGUUCUUUCAUCAUCUCAUAAUUGGUGGGAGUGUAAAUGACCGCAAAAAUAUGUAUGUGUGUGUCACUUUAAAUGUGUUGUGUGUGCGCACGCACGCUCUCUACGUAACGUAAGCUGUAACGCAGGUAGAAGAAAGGUGCGGACGAGGAGCACAUUGUGGUUCUCACAUGGCGUUUACAAAAGUUUGAAAUAUAUAUUGUAAAAAGUGGAUGCACUUUACGUUUUGGUUCAUCUAGUACCCUUUGGCAAGCGGAGCGAGUUUCACGGUGCUACAACACAACGUUUCUCGAAGUCAAGGUUAAUGGCGCUCAAAGCGAGCGAAAUAAAGAAGAUUAAGCACCCGUCGAAACUCUCUGUCUCGUUUGUCGACGCC